AUGCCUUUCUCGCUCUCGGGUGUAGAGGCCAUCCAGCAUCUUAGCCUCCGACACCUCCCAGCCCAUGCAGAUACCCUGGCGCUCUCCGUGGCGUUCUUCAUGAUCCUGCACAGCGCGGUCGCGCCCGCUGUGUCCCGCGCGCUCGUCGGUAAGCAAAAAUGGGCGGCCCUGCGGGCGCGGGCACGGAACGGGUGGUGCACCCACAUCGUGUCGUUCGUGCACGCCCUCAUCGUGGUGCCCUUUGCCGCGCGGUGUCUUAACAGCCCCGCGCUGGACCAGGACCGCGCGUUUGGGUGGGACGACCGGGUGGGGACGGUGUCCGCCAUUGCCAGCGGGUAUUUUAUAUGGGACGCCCUGGAUUCGCUCAUCAACUUUGAGGGCGUCGGGUUUGUCGUGCAUGGUGCGUGCGUUUCGCGUUUCGACCGUGCGUUGUCGCAGAGACCUUUCCUUGGAUACUACGGGCCCCGAUUUUUGCUCUGGGAGCUGAGCACGCCGUUCUUGAAUAUACACUGGUUCAUCGAUAAAAUGGGCCGCACGGGGUCGCGCCUCCAGCUCGUCAACGGCGCGGUGUUGCUCGCGACGUUCGCGUCCGUCCGCCUCGUCUACGGCGGGAUCAUGUCCUAUCGCUUCUGGCGCACCCUGUACGCGGUCAAAGACGACAUCCCGCUGUUCCUCGCGCUCGGGUACGGCGUCGGCAACAUCGUGCUGCAGGUCCUCAACUGGUUCUGGUUCACGAAGAUGAUCGCCGCGCUGCGAAAGCGCUUUAGAGGCAAGGGCACGGGUGCCAAGGUAGGCGGGAAGGAGAAUGGCAACGGAAAGGUUGCAUGA